AUGAGCUCUCUGUGGCCAUCGCGGGUCCCCAACGAGGACGCCGACGGCUCCAAGGCCGCCGGCCCCGGACCGGUAGAUGUCGCUGAUACAGGCGUGGCCGCCGAGAGUAGCGCCGUGCCGUCCGAUGCUGCGUCGGCAGCAGCCGCAGCCGAAUCCACGAACAGUACCACCGCCGCCGGUGCCCUCAACAUGCAGCAGGCAGGGCAACGGCCGGGCCUGCAACGGAACCAAGUGCCUCCCAAUCCACCGAGCCUGCCACCGCCGCCCCCGGGUAACCAGCCGCCUGACUCGCUGUCACUGGCCCAGCUGCGUAGGAUCGUGUCCGAGUUCCCGAGAACCGAGGCCGCCGCCUACGACUUCACGUACGAGGACACCGGCCCUCACGCCGAGGAGAUUGACGAGUGGUUCGUCUACCAGUUCUGGCAGUGGGUGCGCCUGAACGCCGCCCAGCGCGUGUUUGAGUCGCAUUGGGAGCAGCAUGUCGCGGCUGCGCUGGACGAGAAGUGGGCUGCGUGGGACGACGUCGACGGGGAGACCCGGAUGAGGUUCUUGCGCAAGACCCUGCGCCUCGUCGACUCCGGAGAUGAUGUGCCGCGCAUACAAGCUAUUGGCACCAUCAUGUACCUCGUCUGUGGGCGCUGGGCUGAUACGGCGGUUGUGCCGCCGUUUGCGGCCGAUCGGGACCACGCACAGGUAAGAACUGUGGCCACGCCGGGGCAACUGCGAGCUAUCACAGAGGGUAUCACAUUGCUGGCCGACGCGGACGGGCUGCCGGUUAUAUGGAGAGCAUUACAGAAUGCUUUCGAAAUCCUAUGGACUUCAGACACAACCCGUCCACCGCAGGAAGGCUCCCAGGAGGCACAGGACGAAUUAAUGAACUUGAUGACGAUCAUGUACAUGACGAUACAGGUGGUUCUAGGCAACCGCCACGAGUUGCCCGGCGUCCACGACAAAAUACUCCAACUUGAUCCAAACAUAGCCACCUUCAUGCUAACAGUAGUCGCCAAGAUCAGGUGGUUGGAAGGCGUUCCCACCUGCAUGACCCAGAUUCUGUUGUUGCUGUGGAAGACCAUCCUGAUUGUCUUCGGUGGCAUGCCUGAUAUCGAGGAAACAAAAAAGGCCCUGGCAGAAACAACGACUAAUGAACAUGAGAAGGAUACCAUUACAGCUUCACCCCUGGACUACCAUGCUUUCAGGCAGGAAAUAUCGUCCAAAUAUCCUGCGUAUGUACCACCGCAAUUACCUCUACCCCUGGAGGCGGAUGACACUUCCCUCUUGCCUCCUCUGCCCAACCAUCCGACGAGAAACAAUGGAUCAAACGGCAUCUUGCCUGGGCCGCCAAAUGCGCAAAGUAGCGGUGCCUCGAUUCUGCACCAGCCCGUCCAUAUAGCAACGCCAGCCCCAUCUCCGCCACCUUCUCCGGGCGUAGGAGGUAAAGGAGGAAAAAAGCAAAACUAUCAGACGAACCAAAAUUUCCCCUUCAUGUACCCACCUUUGGAUGCGACUAGCAAUAGUGCGGGCGGUAAAGGCGGCGCUGGUCUUCAAGAUCUCCUUGUUGGGCGCAGAUGGGAGGGGAGCGAUAUACCCGCUUCCAUCCUCGAGGCGGGAGAGCUUUUUUCCAAACGAGUUCGGAUGACGAGAGCAACACGCCAGCUUUGGGAAGAACGUGAGAGGUUCCUCAAAUUCGAGAGAGGCUACGAUGGGUCAGACGAUGACAUAGAUGACCUUGACCUUGACGCGCUGUCUCUGGGUGACGAGGAGAACAUUGAUGAAGAGAAGCUCCUUGCCACUAUUGAAAAGCGGAUGGCUAAGUCUCAGGGGCCUGCCAUUGACUUUGGCCCCGAACCUGAUCGACUAAGUGGCGACAUCAAACACCGCCUGCAAGUCAUUGAAACAUUCUACGAUACCACCUUACCUCAGCUCCAAUCCGUUGUCAUAGUCCUUAUGAGGGUCGUGCUCGCGAAUGUGACGGCGUUCAUCACCAUGCCUCAGCGUGGACAGGAUGCUCAGGCGAACAAUGCCCGCAUGAAUCAAGCCGGCAUGCCCCUACUUCGCUCCCAAGAUGGAACAAAUGGUUCUGGCUCUCAGGACUCUCCUGAUUUGUCCUUGGAAGAUCUAGAUCAGCUGAGGCAAAGAGAGCUGGAAGGCAAGGCGCUCUCAGGAGUAAUUUUGCUGCUACUGAAAUGGUUCAAGAUCUCACACGUGCUCAAAUUUGAGUACUUGACGCAGUUGCUCCUGGACUCGAAUUAUAUACCACUCAUUCUGAAGUUCUUCGCCCAUCAAGACGUCCAGCAAGUGGUCGACAGCAAAGCCGACCGCCUAGAUCACAGCUUUUUUCAGUUCUGUAAUCUUCGGGCCCGAGGUCCUGGCGAUAAGCCUACGGAGCCAACGGAAAUAGAUGGACCAGAAGAUGAGAGCGAAGACGAGGCUGCACCUCCCCCUAUAAAACGGAGAAAGUCACCUCCGAGGCCACCACAGAACGCUUCGUCCAAUGGGGAGCAGAUAUCUAACCCCGAGCCUCAUCCCUCGGCUCGCCCUGAAGUUGACGAACUCGGUUAUCCCUUGAACCCCUUGCCGAAAGAGCCGAUCACGGACUUCUCGCGGCGCAACUUUUUCGCCUUGAUCAAUUACCUCCGCAUCUUGCAGAAGAUAUGCAAAAACAAAGCUCACAGGAAUCUGCUAUUGGUGCAGUAUAAGUCGUCUAACAUCAUUCGCAAGUCUCUCAAGGUGCCGCAGCCCGAGCUGCGCCUUUAUACGCUCAAGCUCUUCAAGAAUCAGGUCCCCUACUGUGGCCGUAAGUGGCGGCAGAGCAACAUGCGUGUCAUCACCGCAGUCUACCUGCACUGCCGGCCCGAGCUGCGCGACGAGUGGCUCGCGGGCAGUGACGUCGACGCCGAGGUCGAGGAAGCGCUGCCUCUGGAGCAGGCACUGCGGAGUCUGACCCACUGGUUCAAUGUUCAGAGACACCCGGACCAGAUGGCGGCCGAGGUCCGCGAGGCGCUCCAGGAGGAGCAGGACUUCUUCAAGAGGGAGCUGGACAAGCUCGAGUUCACCUGGCUCGACCCGACCAUGGCCCAGGUCGAGGGCGGUAUGGGCCCCGGUGUUGAGUGGGACGGUCAGGUUGCCAUGGGACCUUGGGGUUAG